GUCGAUUUGUCAGACAUGAAUAAUGGGGGAGUUAUCAAUGAGGAUCUUACUACGUUGAUAAAUAGAAUACAAAGAUGGCAACACUGUGGCGAAAGUACACAACGAAAAUCAUAUGUUGAAAUUUACAAGUUAAUUUCUAUUUAUAAUAAUGUCCGAAUAUUGGAAAUCUCUUCCCCGAAAGUUUUGCGAAUUUUGCAAAUGUUGGUUUGCUGAUAAUAAAGUUAGUAUCGAAUUUCACGAAAGAGGCAAAGGACAUCAAGAGAAUGUGAAAAAAAAGCUUAAAGAAUUGAGGAAGAAGGGACAAAAGCAAUAUGAAACACAAAGGAAACUUGAAAAGGAUAUGAAAAAAAUUGAAGAGGCAGCAUUGAAAGCUUUCCAAAAAGAUGUAGAAAAAGAUCCUUCGUUACAUGACGAAUAUACAAAAGAAUUGGCUAGGAAAGCCGUGGCAAAACAAAACGAAGUGCAGAGACCUCCUACGCCCCCUAAACCAUUAAAGCCAAAANUACCGGUAGCAAUUUUUUCAGACAAACCGAAAAUAGACCUACAGUUGCCACAGAAGUCAGACAACCACGUAGAAGUCAACAUCACCGUACCCAAAGAGAAGCUGCCAACGAGUUUCAAGGAGAAGACCGUGGGUUCCCUGUCGUCCGAAUUCUCCGGUUGCCGGGCCACUUUCAAAAAGAGGAAAAACAUAUCGGAUGCAAAGAGGAACGUCAGAAGAAGAGUAGACGACGACGAAGAUGACUGAUCCCGGUUGUUUAUUCAAACGACUCCGAAAGGAAAAGACGUUUAUGGAAGAAGUUCGAUGCCGGAGUUUUAUAUUACAUUAACACAAUCAUAUUAUUUUUCUUCAGAGAAAAUUUCUGAAAAAUUCAAAACUCAGAUUUUGCAUAAACUUGUAUACAUCUGUAAAUACAUUGCAUUUUAAAUAAAGAAUAAUUUUUGCUAGAAUGCAGUCUCAAACUAUUACAAAU